CCUUGCAGUUCACCCAGAUAAAACUUUAGUGGCUACAGGGCAGGUUGGGAAGGAUCCCUACAUUUGCAUCUGGGACUCCUACCGUGUGCAGACAGUGUCUGUCCUCAAGGAUGCUCAUACCCACGGGGUUGCCUGCCUGGCCUUUGAUUCAGAUGGACAGCGUUUAGCUUCAGUGGGACUGGAUGCCAAAAACACAGUGUGUAUAUGGGACUGGAAGAGAGGAAAACUCCUGGCAACAGCUACAGGCCAUUCAGACAGGAUAUUUGAUAUUUCUUGGGAUCAAUAUCAACCAAACAGAAUCGUCAGCUGUGGAGUAAAACACAUAAAGUUUUGGACACUGUGUGGAAAUGCCCUGACAGCCAAGAGAGGAAUAUUUGGUAAAACAGGAGAUGUCCAAACGAUCCUCUGUUUAGCAUGUGCAAAAGAAGAUAUCACAUACUCAGGUGCUUUAAAUGGAGACAUCUAUGUUUGGAAAGGGCUGAACCUGGUCCGCACAAUUCAAGGAGCUCAUAGUGCUGGAAUUUUUAGUAUGUAUGCUUGCGAGGAAGGUUUUGCCACUGGAGGAAGGGAUGGUUGCAUUCGGCUGUGGGACACUGAGUUCAAACCAAUCACCAAAAUUGAUCUCAGGGAGACUGAACAAGGAUACAAAGGUCUGUCCAUCCGCAGUGUCUGUUGGAAAGCAGACAGGCUCCUAGCAGGGACACAGGACAGUGAAAUAUUUGAGGUGCUAGUCAGAGAGAGAGACAAACCCAUGCUGAUAAUGCAGGGGCACUGUGAAGGGGAGCUCUGGGCCCUGGCAGUCCAUCCAAAGAAGCCUUUAGCAGUCACAGGCAGUGAUGAUCGAUCUGUAAGGUUAUGGAGUCUUGCUGACCAUGCCUUGAUAGCUCGCUGCAAUAUGGAGGAAGCUGUGCGGAGUGUGUCUUUCAGUCCUGAUGGAUCCCAGUUAGCUCUUGGAAUGAAGGAUGGCUCCUUCAUUGUCCUUCGAGUAAGAGACAUGACAGAGGUAGUUCAUAUCAAAGACAGAAAAGAAGUGAUCCAUGAGAUGAAGUUCUCCCCGGACGGCUCUUACCUGGCCGUGGGCUCCAAUGAUGGCCCCGUGGAUGUCUAUGCGGUUGCUCAGCGGUACAAAAAGAUAGGGGAGUGCAACAAAUCUGCCAGUUUUAUUACUCACAUCGACUGGUCUGUGGAUAGUAAAUUCUUGCAAACCAAUGAUGGUGCAGGAGAGAGACUGUUCUACAAGAUGCCAUCUGGGAAGCAUCUAACUAGCAAAGAUGAGAUCAAAGGAAUUCACUGGGCCUCAUGGACCUGUGUGAUAGGAUCUGAAGUGAGUGGAAUUUGGCCAAAAUACACAAACAUUACAGAUGUCAACUCUGUGGAUGGAAAUUACAACAGCUCAGUGCUAGUAACUGGAGAUGAUUUUGGGCUGGUUAAACUAUUCAGAUUCCCAUGUUUAAAGAAAGGAGCUAAGUUUAGAAAAUAUGUUGGGCAUUCAGCACAUGUCACCAAUGUCCGUUGGUCCCAUGAUUUUCAGUGGGUUUUAAGCACAGGAGGUGCUGAUCACUCUGUGUUUCAGUGGCGAUUUGUUCCAGAAGGGAUAACAAAUGGCAUCCUGGAAACCUCUCCACAAGAGGGUGGUGUUGAUUCCUACAGUGAAGAGUCAGAUUCAGAUUUAUCUGAUGUGCCAGAGUUAGAUUCUGACAUUGAGCAGGAAGCUCAAAUCAACUAUGAUCGCCAGGUUUACAAAGAAGACCUACCUCAGCUGAAACAGCAAAGCAAAGAGAAAAACCAUUCUGUGCCCUUCCUUAAACGAGAGCGAGCGCCUGAGGACAGCCUGAAGCUACAGUUUAUACACGGUUACAGAGGCUAUGACUGUCGGAAUAACUUGUUCUACACUCAGACAGGAGAAGUGGUGUAUCACAUUGCUGCUGUGGCUGUCGUGUACAACCGGCAGCAGCACACACAGAGGCUCUACCUGGGCCAUGAUGAUGACAUCCUCAGCCUUAGCAUUCACCCAGUCAAAGACUAUGUCGCUACUGGACAGGUUGGAAGAGAUGCUGCUAUCCAUGUCUGGGACACUCAGACACUGAAAUGUUUGUCAUUGCUCAAAGGCCAGCAUCAGAGAGGAGUGUGUGCACUGGAUUUCUCAGCUGAUGGAAAAUGUUUGGCAUCUGUUGGGCUAGAUGAUAAUCAUGCCAUUGUAUUCUGGGAUUGGAAGAAAGGAGAAAAGCUAGCAACAACCAGGGGCCAUAAAGAUAAAAUAUUUGUAGUGAAGUGUAAUCCACAUCAUGUAGACAAACUAGUCACAGUUGGAAUGAAGCACAUCAAAUUUUGGCAGCAAACAGGUGGAGGUUUUACAUCGAAACGAGGAACCUUCGGAAGCACUGGGAAAUUAGAAACAAUGAUGAGUGUUUCAUAUGGCCGAAUAGAAGAUCUGGUGUUCUCUGGUGCUGCUACUGGAGACAUUUACAUCUGGAAGGACACCCUGUUACUGAGGACAGUGAAGGCUCAUGAUGGUCCUGUGUUUGCCAUGCAUGCACUGGAUAAGGGCUUUGUGACUGGUGGAAAAGAUGGAAUUGUGGCUCUUUGGGAUGAUAUGUUUGAAAGAUGUCUGAAGACAUAUGCUAUUAAGAGAGCAGCACUAUCUCCUAGUUCUAAAGGUUUACUCUUAGAAGACAAUCCCUCUAUCAGAGCCAUCAGCCUGGGCCAUGGGCAUAUCCUGGUGGGAACUAAAAAUGGGGAGAUACUUGAAAUUGAUAAAAGUGGGCCUAUGACUCUCCUUGUUCAGGGUCAUAUGGAAGGAGAAGUCUGGGGCUUGGCAGCUCAUCCCCUCCUGCCUGUGUGCGCAACAGUGAGUGAUGAUAAAACGCUCCGCAUCUGGGAACUCUCCUCCCAGCACCGCAUGCUGGCAGUGAGGAAGCUCAAAAAAGGUGGCCGAUGCUGUGCCUUUUCUCCUGAUGGGAAAGCCCUGGCUGUGGGGCUGAAUGAUGGCAGUUUCCUGGUGGUGAAUGCUGACACUGUGGAGGACAUGGUUUCUUUUCACCACAGAAAGGAAAUGAUCUCGGAUAUAAAGUUUUCACGAGAAUCGGGAAAGUACUUGGCUGUGGCCUCACAUGAUAACUUUGUAGAUAUUUACAACGUCCUUACCAGCAAAAGAGUUGGCAUUUGUAAAGGUGCAUCCAGCUACAUCACGCACAUCGACUGGGACUCCAGAGGAAAGUUAUUGCAAGUCAAUUCUGGUGCCAAAGAACAACUCUUUUUUGAAGCACCGAGGGGGAAAAGACACAUUAUAAGAAUUGCUGAGAUAGAGAAGAUCGAGUGGGACACCUGGACAUGUGUUCUUGGUCCCACUUGUGAAGGAAUUUGGCCCAUGCACAGUGAUGUGACCGUUGUGAAUGCUGCCAGUCUUACAAAAGACAGAACCCUGUUAGCUACAGGAGAUGAUUUUGGGUUUGUGAAGCUUUUUUCAUAUCCUGUGAAGGGCCAACAUGCAAAGUUCAAGAAGUACGUGGGGCACAGCGCCCAGGUGACCAACGUGCAGUGGCUGCACAACGACUCCGUGCUGCUGACUGUAGGUGGUGCUGACACAGCUCUCAUGAUCUGGACCAGAGAGUUUUUGGGUAUUCAGGAGAGUAAGCUGGUUGAUAGUGAAGAAUCAGACACAGAUGCAGAGGAAGAUGGAGGUUAUGAUAGUGAUGUUGCAAGAGAGAAAGCAAUUGACUAUACCACAAAGAUCUAUGCAGUAAGCAUCCGAGAAAUGGAAGGCACAAAACCCCAUCAACAGCUGAAGGAAGUUUCAGUAGAAGAGAGGCAGGGAAUUGUCAAGGGAUCAAGGCCACCAGUUAGCAGAGCUGCUCCUCAGCCUGAAAAGCUGCAAAAGAACAACAUCAACAAAAAAAAGAAACUGGUUGAGGAGUUGGCUCUAGACCAUGUGUUUGGAUACAGAGGAUUUGACUGUCGCAACAACCUCCAUUACCUGAACGAUGGUGCUGAUAUAAUUUUCCACACAGCUGCAGCAGGCAUUGUCCAAAACCUUUCUACUGGUAGUCAGAGCUUCUACCUGGAGCACACUGAUGACAUUCUGUGCCUCACUGUGAACCAGCACCCAAAGUACAAAAACAUUGUGGCCACCAGUCAGAUCGGUACAACUCCCACAAUUCAUAUCUGGGAUGCUAUGAGUAAGCAAACGAUUUCGAUGCUGCGUUGCUUCCAUACCAAAGGGGUCAACUAUGUGAACUUCAGUGCAACUGGCAAACUCCUGGUGUCAGUGGGAGUUGACCCAGAACACACCAUCACAGUGUGGAGGUGGCAAGAAGGGGCUAAAGUUGCUAGCAGGGGAGGACACCUGGAGAGGAUCUUCGUUGUAGAGUUCCGCCCGGACUCUGACACUCAGUUUGUGUCUGUUGGGGUGAAGCACAUGAAGUUCUGGACGUUAGCUGGCAGUGCUCUGCUGUACAAAAAAGGAGUCAUAGGCUCCAUGGAAGAUGCCAAGAUGCAAACCAUGCUUUCUGUUGCCUUCGGAGCAAAUAACCUUACAUUCACCGGUGCCAUAAAUGGAGAUGUCUAUGUCUGGAAGGAUCAUUUUCUGGUCAGACUUGUGGCAAAAGCUCACACAGGACCAGUGUUCACCAUGUACACGACCCUCCGGGAUGGACUCAUUGUUACAGGAGGGAAGGAGAGACCCACGAAGGAAGGGGGAGCAGUGAAGCUGUGGGAUCAGGAGAUGAAGCGGUGCCGCGCAUUCCAGCUGGAGACAGGACAGCUCAUUGAGUGUGUGCGCUCCGUCUGCCGGGGAAAGGGGAAAAUCUUAGUGGGAACAAAAGAUGGAGAAAUCCUUGAAGUAGGAGAAAAAAAUGCUGCUUCAAACUUGUUGAUUGACUGUCACAUGGAAGGGGAAAUCUGGGGCUUAGCAACUCACCCCUUGAAAGACAUGUUUAUCUCUGCAAGUAAUGAUGGAACAGCAAGGAUCUGGGACCUGUCAGACAAAAAGCUGCUGAACAAGGUGACCCUGGGUCACCCGGCGCGCUGUGCCGCCUACAGCCCCGACGGGGAGAUGGUGGCCAUCGGCAUGAAGAACGGAGAGUUCGUCCUUUUGCUUGUCAACAGCCUGAAGGUCUGGGGCAAAAAGAGGGACAGGAAGUCUGCGAUCCAGGAUAUCAGGAUCAGCCCAGAUAACAGGUUUUUGGCAGUGGGUUCACAAGAACAUACUGUGGAUUUUUAUGAUCUCACUCAAGGCACAACCCUAAACCGAAUUGGCUACUGCAAGGACAUUGCCAGUUUUGUCAUACAGAUGGACUUCUCUGCAGACAGCAGGUACAUCCAGGUAUCAACAGGUGCCUACAAGCGUCAAGUUCAUGAGGUGCCACUGGGAAAGCAAAUAACAGAUCCUGCAGUCAUAGAAAAGAUCACCUGGGCCACGUGGACAAGCAUUCUUGGAGAUGAAGUCAUUGGGAUUUGGCCCCGAAAUGCAGAUAAAGCAGAUGUCAACUGUGCAUGUGUGACCCAUGCUGGCCUGAAUAUAGUCACAGGAGAUGACUUUGGCCUUGUGAAACUGUUUGACUUCCCAUGCACAGAAAAAUUUGCCAAACACAAGAGGUACUUCGGGCACUCAGCGCAUGUCACCAACAUUCGCUUUUCUCAUGAUGACAAGUAUGUCAUAAGCACAGGAGGAGAUGACUGCAGUGUGUUCGUGUGGCGAUGCCUUUGA